GCUAAGAUCAAUGAUGGCUGAAUGACGAUUUGUAAAAUCUACUAUUGAAAAUAAUAAUUUUAAACACUAUUAGGCUACUUCACGUUUGGUUGUUCAAUGGUUCGAUGAAAAUUAUCAAAAGGAAAUCUUUUAUAUAAGAGUUUAUAAAAGAAGAAAAGCGAGAUGUAUAACGGUAUAGGUCUCGAGACAGCUAGAGGUAGUGGAACUAAUGGCUACGUCACACGAAAUCUCUCCUUCAUCAAAAAACAUAAAGACAGAGUGGAUUAUAAAUCGGAGGAAGAGGUGAAGAAAUUAGAGCAGUCGUUAGUAAAACAACCGAAUCUAGAAAUAUUACAGCAUGAGAGAAAGAGAAAGGUGGAGUUAAAAUGUAUGGAGAUGCAGGAAUUGAUGGAGGAACAAGGGUAUUCGAAAGAGGAAAUAGAGGGGAAGGUUUCGGUCUUCAGAAAAAUGUUGAUGGAAAAAGAAGGUGUGUCAGAUUCAGCUGUGGAAAAAGAUGAAUUUGGUCGUCCAAUAGCCAAGGAAACACAUCAAAUUGCUGAAGCAAAUGCAGAGAAGAAUGCCAAGUUACGAGAAGCCUUUGGAUUGGAUAAUUAUGUUGACGGCAGCGCAUUUGAUCCAAAUCGUAAAACGAAGGAAGAUGCUGCUCGGGCUGAAGCUAUGGCAGCCAAAAAAUAUCAAACUUUAGAAUCUGAUGAAGAAACCUCCCCUUCACAUCCACCUAAGAAAAAGAAAAAGCGCUCAAGCCGCAAACGUAAGGAGAGCAACUCGCGGACAGAAAGUAGUUCUCCGGAAAGAAAAGAAAGGAAAAAGAAAUCUAAAAAACACAAACAUGAUCGGUCUGAAUCUAAAAGGCACAAAAAAUCCAAGAAAAAGAUUAAACGAUUUGAGAAGAAAUCUAAGAAAGCCAAGAAGAAAGAUGAUUCAUCAAGUUCUGAUAGUGAUACAGAUUCAGAGGAUGAUAGUUCCUCGUCCGCUGAAUCUGGAGUUGAUGAAGCAGAAAUACAACCACAGCCGAGAGCUAGUCCUUCACCUAUAAAGUCUAGUAGAGGUCGUGAUAAAAAGAGAUCACCAUCAGCAAGAGAAUCAUCAGAUGAAUCACCCAGUCCAGCACCAAAACGCAGUAAUGGUCACGGUAGGGAAAAAGACAAAAGAAAAAAUGGCAGGGAUGUGAGCGAAUCCCCCAGAUCACCCCGACGAAGAAGUAAAUCCCGAAGUUAUUCCCUGGAACGGAGAUCAUCUGUCCACACAAAGACUGCUUCUCCUCACGAUAAAAAUAGACACACUCGAUCAAGGUCGAGAUCAGCAUCAAGAAAACGAUCAUCUUCAGUGCGUAGAAAUCACAGGUCAAGGUCAUCUCGAUCAAGGUCAUAUUCUAGGAGUAGAUCUAAUAUUAAAUCUAGACAUACAGCAUCACGAUCUAGAUCUCCAAGUAAACGGUACACACCAUCACGUAGCAGAAGUAGAAGUCAAAGUCGCAGUUCCAGACGCCGAUUAUCGCGAAGUCCGUCGAUACGUAGGCGGAAAGGUUCACCUAGCCAUUUAGAUAAACGACGUAUCACAAGAUCAAGAUCUCGAGACAGAAACACACGAAGAAGAUCUAGGUCCCGUUCACCGUACUCUCGGCAAGAGAGAUCAAGAUCCCCGUACUCUCGGACCAGACGGAGAUAAACAAAAGUUUAUUUUAAUUGAAAGACCACAACAUGUGCAAGAAAAAGACCAGUCCCAUAUAAUCGCCCCUCCCCACCAAGCUCUGACAGUAGUUAUCAUUCAUAUAGUCGUUCUCGGAGUAGAUCCAGAUCCGUACGCAGAUAUAGACGUCAACGGACUUGGAGUAACAGUAGUGUAGAUAGUUUAAGAUGAAACGAAGAAUUGAACAAUGAAAAACGAUGAUCUCUAUUUUAAUUUAUUUUUAAAUCAUGCCAAGGCAACACCAAUUCGAAAUUUUGUUUUUCAGGAACAAUCUAUUAAAUAUAUUACUGCCUGGGCCCUGUUUCACAAAAUUUUAACUGAAGAUAAAAUCAAAAUUUUAGUAGAUAACGUUACUUCAAUUUUGAUUGGCUAAGCACUAAAAUCAAUCUAAUAUUAUCCAAUCAAAUUACUAAAAUUUGGACUUUAUCUUAGUUAAAAUUUCGUGAAACAUGCCCAAAAAACCUAAUUUUAAAACUGUAAUAACUAACUUACUCUCCUAAGCGGUGAACACAUUAGCUGAAUCAUUUGGCCAAAUAAAUCGGUGACACACUAGGCGAAUGCUUCGCCUGAUUCACCACUCAAUUUUAUCACUUUUCACGUCACAUGAUUAAACAUGGCGUGGACCAUGUCUUCAAACAAUCAUGUGACUUCUCAAUAUGAGUGGACGAUGAGUGGUGAUUGUUUAAUGAAUUCUGCACUCAGGCAAAUGCUUCGGCGAAGCGAACACACUAGGCGAAUACAAUUCGGACGAUUAUAUCAAACAUAUUUGACAAUGGACACACUAGGCGAAUUUCGACACCGAUUGAUUCAGCCAAACGCUUCACAAAAGCUCUUAAAGAUUCAAAUUUGAAAAAGAACAUUGUUCAUUUAUCAGGAUCCUAAAGAACUAAAAAAAUUGAAUUGGUCUGGCCUUACAAUGUAAUAAGAAGCAAAUGCUCAAAAGGUUCAAAUGUUUUUAGUGAUUUUAUAGAACUUAAUUACUUUUGUGUGCUUUUUAACACGACAAACUAGUUUUAAUAGUAGACGAUCAAUUUAUUAAGUGCAAUAAGUAGUCAAAUUACGGAGUUAGAACUCGUAAAUAAACUAACUUUUUAUCAUUGCCCAAUCUGAUUAAAAUAUAGAUCUAUAUUUCAUUUCGUUUUUUUUAUACUUUCGGUGGCCUACACUACAUGAAGAUCUGACCAGUUGUAGUGAUAGGCCGUGUCAGAGGUCACACCAGCGGCUUUUGACCCUAUGACGUUAGACAUUUGAUUUACCAAUCAGCAUUGAUGUUACUAGUGGAUUACCCACAGUUCUGUGCAAAACACACCUAAAGCACGCCGUAACAGACCGUUUCAUUGCCUAAGCCUUCACACCAUUCAGAUCCUAGUGUAGUAAAGACAAGUAAAACAAAAUUUUGAACUAUAAAAAACAAAACGAAAUAGGAUCUGUGUUUUAACCAGAUUGUACAUUGCCAGUCUGGAAAUAACUUGUUUUAAUUGUUGGCAUCGGUUCCUGAUAUUCUCAGUGUCCGAUGCCUUAUUUACAGACUUGGCGCUACCUGUACCCAACGUUGAUACUCAUAUUUCAGAUUAUGCAGAUUUGAUAUUUGAAACGUUUUAUAGUAUUGUUUUAAUAAUUUUUUAAAAUGUAUCGUAUAUUGUCAUUAUUAUGGCAGAAAAGUUUCUGUACAAGUAGAUUUAUACAGUUGAAAAGUCUCAACCAUAUCGUUCAAUAAGUGUGAAUGUUUUAAUUCGGACGUUACUACCACGUUUUUUGAAAUCUCACAAAUGUAAUAUGGCUACGCAUGAUGUUGAAUUUUAUUUAAAUCUAAAGUAAUAUGGUUGAGUAUUCCCUAGAAAAUUUUGAAAUUAGAGUCCUGGUGGCACUGUAGCUCGGGUAUCAUUUAAUCUUGUGUAUCGAGCACUGAUUUCUUUCACAUUCGUUUAAUAUCCAAUCUUUGUUUAAAAGUUCGUAAAAAUCGUUUAAAAUUAUCUAAUUUGUGCCUAUGUCCAGUUUAAAGCUGACCAUUCAAUUUUGAUAAUGAUUGUCUAAGGUAAGACGCUGGCUGGCUAGCCUUCAGGUCAGGUCGGGCCUGGUUACCAUGUCAGUGAUGCAGGACGGAGGGCCUGACAAAGACAGCUGUCUAGUCAUUCGGAUUGGACGAAAAACUGAGGUCCCGUGUACACAUUGGUGUGCACGUAAAAGAUCCCUUGACAAUUGGAAUUCGAUAUAAGAGUAGGCCAUAGUGCCGCUGUCCGGGCAAAAUUUCCCUCAUAGCAUACUGUAUGGCGUCUGCCCGUCUUCAUUAGCCCAGUUCCGAGCAGAACAGUAGGACAUUAAACCCCAUUUCAUUUCAUUUCAUACAAGCGUUUAAUUUAAAUGAUACCCAGGUUACAGUGUAGGUUCCUUCACUAAUCAAAUAUUUCGACUGAAUCUAUUAAGUUACUAUAAAUCAGAUUUUGGAGGAAACAAAUUGUUAUGUAAAAAAAACAAAAUGGAAAAUUUAUGUGUUGGUGAUUUGAAAAAACACCCCAAAAACCCCAUCAAUACCAGUAGUUCGUUUACAAAUAAAUCUACACCCUACACUGCUGUAUCAAGCUUUUUUUUUGUUCAUAAAAAAGAAUAUUCAAGAAUUGUAAGAUAGGUGAAAGGAAUAUAGAAAGGACCUUAAUUUGAAUUCUGGAAAUCAAACCUGAAAAUACAUGUAAAGAUUUUAGUUAUAACUGGACCAGACAAAAUGUCAGGCACCAUUGUAGAAAUAUUGGACGUUAUAAUGGACAUUUUUAACUUUGGACUGGACAUGUUAGUUGUACCGGAUGUUUUUAACUUUGGACUGGACAUGUUAGUUAUACCAGACAUUUUUAACUUUGGACUGGACAUGUUAGUUGUACCGGACAUUUUUAACUUUGGACUGGACAUGUUAGUUGUACCGGACAUUUUUAAUAAUAUUAGAAUAAUAUUAAAGAUGCAUUAUGUAAAUUUAAAUCAAGAGCUGACCAUUCUUGCUAUGAUUGAUAGUUCAAAAAUAGAUAAUGUAAAAUGAAUAUAUUGAAAAUUUCAGUCAAAUUACUUUAUUCUGAGCAAAGUGAUGACUGUUAGAAGAUGUAGCGUAGAUGUUUUAGUAUCGUAGCAACAGUACUUGACAAACAAGGCUAAGUCUUGAUUAUUCAUUUUAUUGUUAAAUUUUUAAAUCUUGUGGAUGUUUUAAUCCAUAAUGCAUCUUUAAUAAAUGACAGGAACUGUGUCUGACAAAACCAAAAUUAGUGCCUGACAUUGUCUGUGAAAGGUACCAUAUUUUCAGGCUUGCUGAAACUGAAAAAGCGCUCUGCAAUAGAACAAUGAAAAUAUAAGGUUAUGUACAGGUCACAAUUUUAUCAUUGUUUGAAAAAUACUAGAGAAGCCUAGUAGAAAUAUCUCUCAGUAAUAAGUAGUGUAUUUCAUAAAAUUGUGAUCUGUAUAUUCCAGUUCAAUUACUAAAUGCCAUCGAAAUGAAUUUGAAUAUAUGGUUGAAGAUAAGAAUUUGUUGUGAUUUUAUGGAUCCUUGUAUAAAUUAACUUAUUUAAAGGGAGUAAUGUGCGGGGAUGGUGUGGAGAGAACGUACAGCGAAGGUACGCUAAUAGACUAUAUUUAGAUUAACUACAGGGGUCGUAUUCAGGAAUGCUUCAACAGAAAUAAUUUCAUCAUUCAACAUUUUCAUUGCCUGAGAAUUAACACGCUAGGUUAAAAUUCUGAUUUUAGCCAAUUAAAAGCCAGCUUUCUCAAAAUAUUUUAGUUUAAAACUUUGUGAAUAACGCCCCCAGUCCAUAUUUUCUUUUAUUCUGAUUUAGGGGGUUUCGAUGACCAGGUGGUUAGCGGGUGAGUUUUGUUUCAUAAGGUCUGUCAUGGAGUCAAGUGGCGUGGUUUCGAUUCACCGGGACAAGGAGUAUGGUCGCCUUCCAACCUCGUGGGUUUUCUCUGGGUCCUGCUGUUUCCUCCCACAGCUAAAGACCCCAAGGCGCAAGCAAAUUAUUGAAAUGAAAUUGAACCAUGUUAGUCCAGAAAUGACCUAGUUGGUUUUGAUUGGACGUUAAACCCCAUUUCUCUCAAGAAUUAGGCUUGAUUGUACAAUUUGUGAGGAAUGAUUAUGCAAUUUGUGAAAUUCUCGCUGAAUCGUCAAUUCUCCCAAUUUCAAAUCUGUCGUAGGAUUUGACGUCAAGAAUUAGGCUUUGACAUCCAGUCAUCAUGAGGUUUGAUUAUGCAAUUUGUGAAUUUCUUGUGCAAUCUUCAUUUCCCCUCUGUCAAAGAUUACGCUUUAUUUUGACUACAGUAUUCGAGGGAAAUAUCAUGACUGACUUCUUAACAUGAUGGACCUCUCGGUGCUUUUUGUGCUAAUAUCAACUCAAAUUUUACGCAUGGCGUACAUCGGGAGCAAACAUUGAUACUCGCAUGAACAAAUUAGGCCGUCGUCGAAACUCGCUAUUGGAAUGAAAAUAUUUUUUUGAGAAUAAAAGAUUUAAAUGGACGUAGAAUUAAUCUUUUUAUAGAUAAUGAUUAUAAUAAUCUGGUCUUUCAUGUUUAUAAAUUAUGUUAUAAUUAACAUUAUUAUUUAUUUAUAAAUUAUUGCACAUGUUGUGGCUUUAUGUAUAUAUUAUGUCAUGUGUGUAUAAAUAUCAUUGUCUAUAUAUCAUGAUUUUAAAUCAAGACUCAUGUAAAAUGAAUAAAUGAAACAAAAUAUUA